UGCAUCAGUUGAGAAGCUCAGAGAGAAAAUGGCUGUUUUCGAGUCGCUGCUGCAGUUUUUUCCAGCACAGGUACAUUACUGGGAGCUUUUGCUGUUGCUUCUGGUUUUGUAUUAUUUGCUUUCUACUGGAUCCAAAUCUCAGAAAGAAGGGAAAGAGCCACCGGGACCCAAACCACUGCCGCUGCUGGGGAACCUGCUGACCCUUGACCUCACGAGACCCUUUGACACCUUUUUUGAGCUGUCUAAAACCUACGGGAACAUAUUCCAAGUGUUUCUGGGUCCCAAAAAAACUGUGCUCUUAGUUGGAUACAAAACCGUCAAAGAAGCUCUUGUGAACCAUGCAGAAGAGUUCGGAGACAGAGAUAUUGGACCUAGUUUCAGGAUAAUGAAUGAUGAGCAUGGCAUCGUGUUUUCCAAUGGAGAGAACUGGAAAGAGAUGCGACGCUUCGCUCUCAGCAACCUGCGGGACUUUGGGAUGGGCAAGAGAGGAAGUGAAGAGAAAAUCAUAGAGGAAAUUCAGUAUCUGAAAGGAGAGUUUGAUAAGUUUGAAGGGAAACCCUUCGACACGACACAGCCUGUGAACUACGCUGUGUCAAACAUCAUCUCAUCUAUCGUGUACGGCAGCAGAUUUGAAUACACAGACCCUCAAUUCACUCAAAUGGUCGACAGAGCAAAUGAAAAUGUUCGGGUUGGUGGAUCAAUUCCUAUGAUGCUUUACAACAUAUUUCCAUGGUUGGGUCCGUUCCUGAAAAACAAAAGGAUUAUUGUAGACAAUAUUGUCCAAAGUAGACAACAGAUGACGAAGUUGAUCAAUGCGCUUCAGGAGACUCUGAAUCCACACGAACGCAGAGGAUUUGUUGACUCCUUUCUCAUCCAGAAACAGAAAGAUGAGAAAUCCAGCAAGAAGGACUCAUAUUUUCAUGAGGAGAAUCUUAUGAUGUCGGUGACAAAUCUCUUUGUUGCUGGUACUGACACCACAGGAACAACUCUGCGCUGGGGUCUGAUGCUAAUGGCCAAAUAUCCUCAUAUACAGGAUCGAGUUCAGGAGGAGAUUGACAGAGUGAUCGGUGGACGUCAGCCAGUGGUGGAAGACAGAAAGAAAUUACCGUACACAGAUGCUGUGAUUCAUGAAACUCAAAGACUGGCCAACAUAGUACCCUUGAGUCUACCGCAUGUAACCAGCUGUGAUGUUACCUUCAAUGGAUACUUCAUCAAGAAGGGCACCACUGUAGUUCCUCUGCUGACGUCUGUUUUGAAGGAUCCAAGCGAAUGGGAAAAACCAAACAGCUUUUACCCAGAACACUUCCUUGAUGAGAAGGGCCAGUUCGUCAAAAGAGAUGCUUUCAUACCCUUUUCUGCAGGACGCAGGGUUUGUCUUGGAGAGAGUUUGGCCAGGAUGGAGCUCUUCCUGUUCUUCACCUCCCUUCUUCAGAGCUACCGCUUCUCAACUCCACCUGGAGUAUCUGGAGAUGAUCUGGAUCUCAAAGGAGUAGUAGGAGUCACAUUAAAUCCAUCGCCACACAAGCUGUGUGCGAUGAGACGCUCCUGAAUGAAGAAAAUAUGAACAGAAAUCACAGAAACAAAACUCACCUUGUUGAAAUAUGAUUUUGUGUGAUUUUUUCACUUGUUUUACAGUACCUCCCUUAUGGAUAUUAACCAUGGUUUUAUUAUAGUAAAAGUGUAGCAGCAUUGUUUUUUGGCGUAUGGAUUACCACUUGAAUAACCACAACUUUACUACAAAUACCAUGGUUAAACUAUGGUUAGCGUAGCUAAACCAUUGUUAAUUUGUAGUUACCAUGGUUUAACUAUAGUAACCAUGGUUUUUUGGUUUUAUUUGUAGUAAAACCAUGGUUAAUUUUCGUAAGGGCUAUUCUUCUGAGUGAAUAUAUAUGUAAAUAAUAAUGAACAACGUGUGUAAAGCCACAAUUAUAAAACUUAAAAGAUAAGCGCUUUAAAAGAAAUUAAACAUUUUAAGGCUAAAUUAAUCAGUGAAGAAUGUUGUUACUGACUGUUCAGAUUCAAAUAGAAGAGUGAGCGCUCUUUCACACAGCAUGCACAGAAAGCAGACGGCGGCAUCAAAUUUUUCCAUAAUUUUGACUUUUUAAAGCAUUUUUUAUUAUGUAGUGGAAAUUUGAUUCCUUACAUUUAACAUCAAUACAAACAAUGUGUUAAGAUAAAUGUUAAAAUAUACCUUUAGCCAUUCAGACAUGAUUAAUGACAGAAGAACAGUUAACGAAGUGCCAGUUUUUUGAUGAAAUUUUUUUUUUCUUUCUUCAAAUAUAGCUUUAGAAAAGACUGUAAGCAGCAUAAGCAGAGAUUGUUUUAUUAUUGGAAGAUGCGAGGGUCUGUAGUACUUAAAUUAAAUUCAAGUUUAUUUGUAUAGAGUUUUUCAUGAUACAAACCGUUGCAAAGCAGCUUUACAGAAAAUUCAGUUUCUACAAUAUAUUUAGUAAUAACUUAUCAUCAAACUGAUGUACAUAUGGUAGAAAUGUACAGUAAAAUUCAGUUAAUACCGCAAUUAAACAUGAUGAACACUA